AUGAGUGGAGACGAGUUCGACGAGUAUAUUCAUGCUAUCGAGGAGCAACUUGGCAGAAAGAUUGAGAGCGGCAAGGGAAACGCAAACUGCUUGAGGUUAUCGCUGGACAAAGUCCUCAUGUCGCACCGAUGCUUGAUCUGGUAUUUGAUUGUCUUUGUGGUCGAUGCAAUAACAUCCGCCCGUCUGUCAUACUACGGGUUCGACUUUCAUCGGACUCAUCGCCGCCAUUGGUUCUCCGUGCUACCGCCUCGUCCGCAAAAUCUGCUCGCAAAAUCGACUUCGCCAUCAGGAACAAUUACCUAUUGGCACCGACCACACACGGCAAAGAAGAAGCUCCCAAUCCUCUUUCUUCAUGGUAUUGGUAUUGGUCUACACCCAUACGUGGACUUCUUAUCUGAAAUCAACUCUGGCGCCAACCGCAGUGAAGAUGAAGGUGUUGGCAUUAUUGCUGUAGAGAUCAUGCCCAUCAGCUUUAGGAUCACGUCUCCAGCCCUGCGAAGGGAUCAGAUGUGUGCUGAGAUUGAUCGCAUUCUAAAGGUCCAUGGCUGGGACAGAUUCGUCUUGGUUUCGCAUUCAUACGGGAGCGUCAUCACCACCCACAUGCUGCAUUCUCCCAAGAUAGCUUCGAAAAUUGGACCGCUUCUUCUCAUAGACCCAGUCACGUUUCUACUCCACAUCCCUGACGUGGCUUACAAUUUUAUCAUCCGCAAACCAUCCGGCGCCAAUGAACAUCAGCUCUCUUAUUUCGCCUCGAAAGACAUGGGUGUAGCACACACCUUGUCUCGUUGCUUCUUCUGGAACGAGAACAUACUGUGGAAAGAAGAUCUCACUAACCGAAAGGUAACUGUGGUGCUGUCCGAACGGGAUCUGAUUGUCGACACCAGGACGGUCCGGGCAUAUCUUGCGGGCGAAGGAAAAUGGGAGGGCACGCUACAGGCCAGCAACAAUCCCGAUAUUCUAUGGUUCGAGGGUAUUGAUCACGCUCAAGUAUUCGACAAAUGGGUGGAUAGAAAGAAGCUUAUUGACGUCCUCAGGAGGUACUGUAACAAAUCAUAG